CAACCUGCAAUAUUCUCAGUUUAUUCUCAGGCCUUCAGUAUGUCUGCAUCAAUGCACCCAGUGGCCCACUCAGUCCCACGUCACACCCUGACCCGGCUGGCACGAGAGUGGCUAGCAGAAGACACCCCGAACUUUGACCCAGCUGGAGUGUGUGUGGGAUCAGAAGAAGCCGAGGCGAGGUUGUUGUGUAAAAGUCCGCGUACAGUCCUGGCAGGCUGCCCUUUCUUCACGGCAGUGUUCAAUGAGGUUGGCUGCACGGUGGACUGGAUCUACCAGGAAGGAGCUGAGCUUGGUCCAGAAGUUGUCACCAUUACAGCUGUAGUGAGAGGUCCUGCAAGGGACCUCCUCCUUGGCGAAAGGCCAGCUCUGAACUGCCUGGCCCGGGGCUCUGGGAUCGCCACCUGCUGUUCUCGGCUUCAGUCAUUCGCAAAGGCUGCUGGUUGGCACGAGGAAGUGGCUGGGACUCGCAAGACCACGCCGGGCUUUCGGCUGGUGGAGAAGUACGCCAUGCUGGUGGGCGGUGCUUCCAUGCAUAGACAGGAUCUGAGUGGGAUGGUGAUGCUGAUGGACAACCAUGUUUGGACUUCCGGAAGCAUCACAAAGGUGGGAAGUUGCGCUUCAUCUGUAGAAUGUGUCGUUCAAAAACUCUGCAUGGGUUCCUCUCAACUCUGUCUGCUGCCCAGACUAUACGUCGGUCUCUUUUUGGGGAUUUUGGGUACUCUCGUAGAUGCCUGCGUUAUUACUCUAGCUGUCAAAAAUGUUAAUUUAUCAGAUAUUUACAAAGAUCUCUCACUCUGAUAAUCUUUGAAUUUAUUUUCAUAGUGGUCCCAGUGGUCUUUCAAUUAUACUUAUACCGCUUUUAGCAAAAAAAAAAAAA